UCUCGGGAUCGGAUCGUUGUCGGAGACGUCGCCGGUUUCGGUGAAAGGGAAGAAGAGAAUGGCGGCGAAGCAGAUGGAAGAGAUACAGAAGAAGCUUGCGACGCUUAAUUACCCAAGGGCUAAUGCUCCUGCUCAGUCUCUCCUCUUCGCCGGCACGGAACGUUAUGCUCUUCUCGAAUGGCUCUUUUUCAAGUUACUGGGUGAUAAAUCGCCUUUCUCUCAGCAAAACCUUCAAGGGGAUGCUGGUGUUCGUGACGAAGAAACUGUCCGUAUCCAGUAUUUGGCAGAGAUUGCAAAGUUUCUAGGGAUUACAGCCACUGUGGAUAUAGAAGCUAUUCAGGGACGUGGAACUUAUGAAGAUCGAAUGGAAAUGCUUCGUCAUAUUGUUGAUCUGGUGGAGGCAAGCCUCUACUCAGAUAAUCCAGAAUGGAGUAUUGAUGAACAGGUUUCCAAAGAUAUUCAGCUCAUAGAUGCUAUAGCGGGGAGACAAUCACUGAUAUUUUCUGAAGAAUGCAAGCUGUUCCCUGCUGAUGUGCAGAUCCAGUCCAUAUACCCACUACCAGAUGUUUCAGAGCUAGAUUCAAAACUUGCAGAGCAGACCAAGAUACUCUCAAAUCUUCAACAGAAAGUUGAUGAUUUGGCGGCGAAGCAUGCUUACAACCCUGAUGAAGAAUAUUCUGAAGUGGAGUCGCAACUACGGACCCAUUUGGAAUCCUUUCUCGAAACUGCUAGGGCUUUCAAUACAAUUUACACAAAGGAAAUACGUCCAUGGACACACAUGAUGGAAGUGCCUCAGCUUCAUGGCUUUGGCCCUGCUGCAAACCGCUUAUUAGAGGCAUAUAAGAUGCUCUUAAAGUUCCUGGGGAACUUGAAGAAUCUGAGAGACUCACACGCAGCACUUGCAAUCGGAUCAUCUGAAACAGUAGCUGGGGAGCCCUCUUCAGUUACCAGAAUCGUGUCGGAAUGUGAAGCCGCUUUAACUGUUCUGAAUCGGGACCUCGCGGGGCCUCGGCAUUCUCUCUACCUCCAUUGCCCGUGA